AUUGCUCGAAUGGAAUUGCUUUUAGCUAGACAUCCCUGAUUAUCCCGACAAGGAAGCUUUCGUUUCCUUUAUGAUGGGUUGCGUGUUGCGACAAUGGGCUAGGCUUGAAAUCCAUAGACGUGGUGCUCAUGACCAGGCAACCGCCAGCGAGACUCCCUUUUUGAGUUUAAGAAACCCAAGAAGUUAAGCUAAUACGGAGUAGAUGAAGGCAGGAAGGGAAAGAGUAGGGGAGAGCACCACUCAGAGAAGAAAUAGGCCAUAGCUCCGGUAAAGAUGGAAGCUUUUGAUGAAAAGCGAUUGAAUGAUGGGUGUGUUGAUAGAAUUAGCGGAUUGCCGGAUGAGAUUUUAGGCGAGAUUUUGUCUCGCCUCACCACCAAAAAAGCGGCGGCCACUUGUAUUCUCUCCACCAGGUGGAGGAAGGUUUUCCCGCACAAGGUUCCCCUCACUCAAAUCCAUCUUGAUGACACAGAGCUGCUUCGAGGCCCUCCAAGGUACUGCAAAUGCUUUGCAAAUUUUGUGAGCAGGUUAUUCAAUGAGAGUUUGCUGUAUGGUAUUGGUGUGGAGAAAGUGGUUCUUCACUGUGAAAAGUAUUAUGACAAUGCAGAGAUCUUUUCAUGGUUUGGUGCCAUUGUUCGUCUUAAUGUUAAAAAACUUCAUCUCAUUUUGCCCUACAGCCCGCGUAUUUUGGAUGGGUUUUUUUCUUUUUUUAAUGGGUUCGGAUCAUUAGUGGAUUUGGAGUUUGAAAGUGAAUACAAUUUGUAUGUUCCUGACGAUAUCGUCCUGCCCAACCUCAAAAAGCUGUCCCUAUUUACUAUGUCUCUGCCCAAAAAUGGGUAUUCGAUUAAUGAACUGAUUCGUGGUUGUCCAAUGCUCGAGGAAUUAUCGAUAGUCGAAGUGAAUUUUGGGGGUAUGGAUAGUAUUUACAUUCAGUCUGACUUGCUGAAGAAGUUGUGUAUUGAGUUCUGCAAACGAGAAGAUGAAUGUACUGUAGUAAUUGAUGCACCAAAUCUUGAGUACUUUGUGUAUGCUGGGUCUAAAGUUGCCAAUUUUGCCAUUAAGAGCUUUGAGUCUCUUCAUUCAGCUUCACUUGAUUUUGACCUGAUGGGAGGGUUUUCUAACGAUUCUUAUUCUCGAGAAGCCAAGAUUUUUGAAGAAUGUUCGAUUGCCAAUCGUUUGUGUUUGUAUGGUGCAGCCGUGUGGGCACUGGACUCUGUUCCCCUGUGUACGUUUCCUAAUUUGACAAGUUUGGCUCUCCGAAGUCUUGGAGGCUGGUACAAAUUCGAAAUGCUGGCACAUUUUCUUCAGAAAGCACCCAAACUCGAGUCGCUUAAGUUUGAAAAGGAAUUUGACGUGCAUGCGAGGUGGGAUGUUGGGGCCUUUGCAGCAUUCGAGUCUGUGCUCCACGAGUUGCCUGUCUUGGAAACUGAUCUUCACACUUCAGUCUGUCCUUUUAUUUUUCUCCCAGAAAUCAGGAACAUCUAUCGAAUGGACUUUACCCUAGCUGUGAAAACAUCCAAAAAUGAUGGCGUAGAUCGAAUCAGCGGCCUGCCCGACCCGAUUCUGAGCACAAUUUUAUCCUAUCUGCCCGUAAAAAAUGCGGUGGCUGCCCGGAUUCUCUCUGCAAGGUGGAGAAACAUCAGCCCUUUUGGAGUUCCUCCUAUUAAUAUUGAUUUCGAUGACUCAUUACUGCUAAACCCCAAUGCGGUUCAGUCCGAGUCGCUCUCUUGUAGCUUCGUAGAUUUUGUGGAUAAAUUGUUGGCAGAAGCUUUGUGCAAUAGGCUUUUGUUGAAUAAAUUUGUUCUCAAGUGUAAAGAGCACUAUGAGGAUUCAAAGAUUCUAUCAUGGGUUCUAGCUGCAAGGAAGCUUAAGGUUCAAGACCUUGACAUUGAAGUCUUCUUGGAUGAUCCACUCACUCCCAAAAACUUGUUUUGCUGUCUCAAUGGCUCCGAGACAUUAUUGGGUUUGGAAGUGGGUAAAAAUUUUGAUUUGCGCAUUCUGGAAAAUUUCACUUUACCAAACCUCAAAAGGCUGCAGGUUAAUGAUUUGUCGUUGUCGGAUGAAGAGACAAAUUCUAUCAAUGAGUUGAUUACUGGAUGUCCAUUGCUUGAGAACUUAUGGGUGGAAAGUUGUGAUUUGCAAUCCUUGGUAGUUCUCUCUAUUCAGUCACCUUUGCUCAAGAACUUGGUCAUAGAGGAUUCUUGGACCAAUUCUUCAUGCGAGCUCGAGCUGGAUGCUCCAAAUCUUGAAAUGUUGUUGUAUUCUGAUUGCGUCGCUUUGGGGUAUAAUGUGAGUGAUUUUAAGUCUCUUACUACGGUUCACAUUGAUGUUGGGCCCAAUCAAGAACUGCUUGAUGAGAUAAAUGAGUACAGUGAUGAUGAAGCUCUCUUUGAGUAUGACGAUGGUGUAACCAAGCUUGUUACUGCUUGUUCCAGCACCAGCAACCUAUAUCUAGCUUCGUGUUCGAUUGGGGCUUUGCUUCGAGCAGAAGCGCGACUUCCCCCAUUCCAGAAUCUGACUUGGUUGGCACUUGGAUCCCUUCCAGGACUGAAUGGAUGGGAGUUCUUGGCAUGCAUGCUUCUCAGUGCACCUAAUCUUGAAAAGCUCACAUUCGAAGAGGGAUUUACGGAAUACAAAGGAGGAUAUGAGAAAUUCGAGUCUUUACUUCCAAAGCCACCUAUUUGUUUGCAAAUGCAUCUGAAAAAGGUUGAGGUUUGGGCUUUUAAAGGGGAAGAAGAUGAAUUCAAAUUGUUUGAUUAUCUUCUGAAGAACGGCGUUCUGCAGAAACUGAAGAUUUAUGAUUGCCUUCCUUGCAAGGAUUCGUGUUUUUUGGAAAGGUUAGUUGCACUGACAGACGCCUCCGAGACUUGUUGUGUUCUCUUAGGACUGAAAACAACAACAACAGAUGAAUGAUACUACCUAUGCAAAAAAAAGAAUGUUGUGUUGGUAGAUUGAGAGAUCACAAGACAGCUUCAGAUCCACACACUCAUAGGCAAUGGCUUUGAAUUGGAUAUCCAAUAACAACAAUCCAUCCCA